AUGCAACCUUUAGAAGUUCAACCAGAAACUUCUAGUUCUUCAGAAACUUUUCUCAAUCUGUUGAAACUUCCGAAGAAAUCAUUGAAGAAACUCUAUGAAUAUCUAAAUCCGGUGGAUUGUUAUAAUAUUGCAAAAUGUUCAAAACCAUUGGAACACCAAGUGAAAAAACACAAAAAUCUUUCAAUUAAUACCAUCUAUUUACGAUUUGACAAUGAGAAAUCGUGUGUUGGAGCAUAUUUUGACAAAUUCAAGUACACUGCUUGCGUAUUUUAUUCAUGGAGAAAAGGAGAUGGGGUGCGAAAAACCUGGAACAAUUCGUAUUAUCUGAAGGCUCACAAGUUUCAAAAUUAUUUGUUUUGCAAGAUUAAUCACCCAAAAGAAGUGAAAUCUCUCCAACCAACAUUAUUUCCAAUCGAUUGUAUCAGUGGAAUGAUGGAAACAUUCAACGAAUUAUGUUCAAUGUUCCCUUCACAAAAUGCAUAUAUCUAUGUUGGAGUGAAUGUGAAUGAUCGAAAAUCUUGUGAAGCAUUCUGUUCCACACCCCUUCCGAGACAAAUUCAUUGCUUCCGAUUGAUUGGAACGAGACCACCAAAAACGGAUAGAGUCAGAAAAGUGUUCCGUGCAGCAAAUGUCAAUGGAACGGUUCGGGUUUCUCAUCAAGUUGGCCCUGCUUGUAUGCAAGAUGAAUUAAUCAAUUCAUACAAUGUCGUACUUGAUAACCCGGAAUGGAUAACCCGUGAAGAAUUGUUAUCUCUCAACAAUGUGUCGAUAGAUAUCGGACACAACAAUUUAACAGCUGAUGAUCUAAAUGCUUUUCUGAUGCAAUGGAUGUUCCUCGACAGUGAUCAAAUAAGAGUUGAACGAUUGGAAAUUACAUUGAGUCCACAAGCUUUUCAAAACAAGAGAAGUAUCACAAAUGGACUCAUUUUACGUGAUUGGAAUCCAAAAGUGAGAGAAGGAGAAUACUUUGACGCCAGUUCCUAUCUGGCCAGAACUACUAUUCGAGAUCCAAGUAGCUUCCUCGAUUGCAAGUACUCGAAAGAUAUUCAACGAGAUGAUGGACGUCUCGCAACAAUUUUAUUCUACGGAAAGAAACUUUAUUUCAUUGUUUGGCGGAACCGUUUCCCAUACCGUACGAUAAAAGAAGCUCGGAAGAAGGAAAAAGAAAGAAAAGCAGCAGCUAUGAUGUCGAAAGUUUUGAACGAUGCCUUACGCCAAUUGAAUCAAAUCUCUCAAGAAGAAUGGAAUAGAAAAACAGAAUGGUUGGAAGCAGUUGUCACUUCUAGAAAAGUUGCGGCAGAAGAAGAGCAAAGAGCAAAAAGAAAGUAUUUCGAAGCAUUGAAAGAGUUUUUAGAUACAUCUGAGCCGAAACCAAAACGAAAACUACUGAAAACAAUCACAAUUUUCAAAAAUUUACCUUGA